CCACACUCGAGUCCAUUAGGUGCGCUGGAUGAUCUCGAACAACGGGUUUCGGCCAAGCGACGAGUUGUCUCUUUCUUGUGGCUUUGGGUGAAUACUCUGGGAAUUCACUAUUUUCUCGAUCCUGCAGCGAAUGCCUUUGUCGAGGAGUUGUACUGCCAUGUACUGGAGGACAAUCGAAGUCUGCCAGGACUUGGUCCCAUUCUCACUCGAAUGACAGCACUACGGGAUCUGCGGGAGGAAGCACGUCGUACGCUUGCUCGACAUCCAGCGGUCGUUCUCGAAUGCGGAGUUCUCUCCACAAUGGCACCAGCGCCAAGCCCUGUUCUACCCAGUGACAUAUGCAAUCAAAUUAUUCAUUUGUCGGACACGACAUCGUUUGCACUUCCAAUACGGAUGGAUAAGACGGCGACGGAAAUCUGUGAACUCGCACGAAAUCGUCUGCGCAGCUCGCAUCACGACGAGCUGGCUUUGGUCGAAGUGAAAAGCAAAAAAGUUGUCUUCUAUGACGGUGAUGUGAGCAUUCCGACGAUGUUGUCCUUGAACAGCAAGCUGUACGUCGUGAGUAAGGACGAGGUCGACUCUUUGGUUCCUCAACUUGACCAAAACGGUCCGCUGGAGUCCGUUCACGCUUCUGUAAUGGAGUACGUCAGUAGCCAUGAACUGGCACAACAACUUCUCGUGCUGCACACCCAGUUAUUUGAGCGCCUUCCAGCAAAGCUCCGUCGGCAGUUCGCCGAAUUCGAAUCGCUGUUGGACCCAUCACGGAAUCACCGCCCUUACCGUGCUCUUGUCGCCAAGAUGUCGUCACCUCUGAUACCGAUUCUGACGUUCAUUCACGAAGGCAACAAGACUUACUAUAAUGGACUCGUGAACUUCGAGAAAAUGCACAUGAUUGCCACUAUUCUCCGAACAUUCCGGCAGUGCAAGUCACGAUACGCCUGUACCACAGAUAGAAUCGAAGAAGAUUUUCGAGACGCAGAAUUUCAUCCGAAACUUUCGCGUCGUCGAUAA